AACUUUUUAAAUUAAAUUUAUAAUAAUUUUAAGAAAAAUUUAGGAUCAAUCGAGCAAUACUAAAGUAAUUAUUAAACGCCAACAAUUUUGUUAAAAGGAUUUAUUUUUUAAAAAUAUAUUGUGGAUAUCGCGUAAACAAUAAUAGUAUAUUUGAAAGAGGUGAAUUAUAUUAGACACUUACAAUUCAAGUGUUGAAUAGACGUUAAAGAUGGAUGCAGCUCCAACAACUGAAGUAGUUUAUCAAGGGAUAUUUACUUUAUAUAAUAAUCCAAAUUCAAAAGAGAAAGAAAAGGCGUCGAAAUGGCUAGAGGAAUUCCAAAAAUCGAUAUAUUCUUGGACAAUAGCUGACCAGCUGUUACAACAAAAGCGGGAUUUACAGUCAUGUUAUUUUGCAGCACAAACUAUGCGAAAUAAAAUUCAAAAUUCAUUUCAUGAGUUACCAUUAUCUUCUCACGAAAGUUUACGUGAUUCUCUUAUUGCACAUAUAGGACAAAUAAGAAAUGAUACGGAUCCCAUCAUUGUAACACAAUUAUGUUUAGCAAUAGCAGAUUUAGCUUUAUUAAUGUCGUCAUGGAAGGAUCCUGUUAUUUCAUUAAUUGAAACAUUAUCACAGCGACCUGAUUCCAUCUGGCCACUAUUAGAGAUAUUAACUUUAAUACCAGAGGAAAUUGAUUCUCGUUACCUAAGGUUAGGCUCUAAUCGAAGGGCUGAAAUUCAUAAAACUUUGGAAGGUAGUGCCCAAACCGUCAUGAAUUUUUUGAAUGUGUGCCUGCAAGAAUAUGGACAUGACGUUAAUUUGUUGAAUAAAAUAAUUACCUGUUUUAAUGCGUGGAUUGCAAUUCAUGCUGUUCCGCUUAGCAACUUUACAGGAAAUCCUGUAGCCCAAAAAAUAUUUCAAUUAUUAAAUGAUAUUGGUACAUCUAGAAAGCUGCACGAUUCAGCAACUGAUUGUUUAUGCACUCUUCUUCUAUGUAUAGAAGCUAACAACAAUAAUCAAGAUGAUGACAGACAAAUAUUGGAGAUGCAAAUUUUUAAUGGCAUUUUGGGUUUAGAAAAUUGUUAUCACACUUAUAUUGGUGUAGGUUAUGAAGAUAUUGAUAAGGCUAUAAAUUAUUGUAGGAUUUUUACCGCAUUAGCGGAAUCAUUUUUGGAAAAAAUGUUGGCAGAUGAGAAAGCUCCUCAUUACUCAAUCAAGUCAUUGGAGCUAGUUUUAACUUGUGUAGAUCAUUACGAUUAUGAAGUAGCUGAGAUUACUUUUAGUUUGUGGUAUCGUUUAAGUGAAGAAUUGUAUCAGAAAAAUAACGAUCAACUCACUAGUUACUUUAAAACGCACAUAGAGCGACUGAUAUCAGCCCUAUUCCGACACUCUCAAAUGGAUGCAGACCAUGAAGGUUUAAUUGAUGAAAACGAUAACUUUCUUGAUUUUCGAAGAAAAGUUUCCGAAUUAAUAAAGGAUGUUGUAUUUAUUAUUGGGUCAACCAACUGCUUUAAGCAAAUGUUUAUUAUUUUACAAGACCCAAACGCUACUUGGGAACGAAGUGAAUCUGCAUUAUUUAUAAUGGAAAACGUUGCUAAAAACAUUUUACCUGAUGAAAACGAAAUUGUAUCUAAAGUAGUAGAGGCCAUUCUUAAUUUACCCCCAAACACUCAUAUAGCUUUUCGUUUUACAUCAAUUAUGUUAAUAGGACAACUUUCUGAUUGGAUUGAUAAUCAUCCAGAAUCUUUGCAAGCGGUUUUAAAUUUUUUACUAUACUCAUUACAACAAAAAAAUGGAUUGGCUAAAGCUGCGGCAAUAUCUUUAACUCUCAUUUGUACUUCAAGCAGAGAUCAUAUGGUUUACCAUUUAAAUGGUCUUAUAGAAAUUGCACGAAGUUUAGAUAGUUUUGAAAUUAAUAAUGAAUUGGCAAUUGGUCUGUUGAAAGGGAUUUCCAUUAUAAUAUCUCGUCUACCACGUCCGCAACUAGAACAAGCAAUGAACCAAAUAUGCUCAUUUCAAUUUGGCCCUUUGUUGCAUUUAGUUGAAUCAACCAGUGCUGAAAUCACGAAAGGAGAAAGAAAUGAUCCAAGUUAUUGGAUUGAUCGAGCUUGCGCUGUUAUCCGUCACACAAAUUUUGAUAUAAGUUCAAACGCAACUCAUCCAGCGGUGCACAUAUUGACAGAUUCAUGGCCUCUAUUUUCAAAAGUAAUGGACAAAUAUCAAAGUGAUGUAAGAAUAAUGGAGCGCACUUGCCGUUAUAUACGUUAUGGUAUGCGAGCGGUUGGUACACAGGCAUCUCAUUUAUUAGAGCCUUUAGUUAAGCAAAUGAUCCAUUUAUAUUCAAUUCAUUAUCAUAGCUGUUUCCUGUAUCUUGGAAGUAUUUUGGUUGAUGAAUUCGCAAAAAGUGAGGAGUGCACUGCAGGCUUAUUAGAAAUGUUAAAAGCAUUUAUAGAACCAACAUUUAAUAUGCUACAUGUGGAAAAUGGUUUAAAAAAUAAUCCAGACACUGUCGAUGAUUUUUUUAGGCUGUCCUCAAGAUUUAUAGAAUGUUGUCCAAUUCCAUUUCUUCAAAGUCCAUUGGUUAGACCCAUUUUCCAAUGUGCUUUACUAGCAAUACCUUUGGAUCAUAAAGAUGCCAAUUCAUCUGUUAUGAAAUUUUUUUGCAAUUUAUUAAAAUGUGGUCGGCCUACCUAUAAAUUAGAUGUAACAAAACCGUUAGUUAAAGAGAUAACCCAUCAAAAUGGGCAAGAAUUAGCAAUGAACUUGAUUCAUGCCUCGGUUUUUUGUUUACAUUCAUACAUGUUGCCUGAUGUUGCAGAAGUUUUAAAUGAAUUGAAAACUGUGGAGGGACAUGUCAGAAUGGAGAUAUAUUUAAAAAAUGCUUUAGAAGCGCUGCCAAAGAAAAACAGCGGUGGUUGCAUAACAGCAACUCAAGAACAAUUAGAUGAAUUUAGCCGUAUUGUAGUAAGAUCUGAAACAACAAAAGCUGUGACAGUAGCAUUAAAAGACUUUACAAGAUUAUACCGAUGAGACUUUACAAUUAAUAACAUAAUAUUAAAAAUCAUGAUAAUAUAAAAUUAAAAAUUUGAAAUAUUUGAUAGAAUCAACAUUUUACAUACAUAUAAAGGAGAUGCAAUUAGCAUCGUAUUUUAAAUCUAUAAUUGUAAAAAUAACUGACGAAAAAAUUUUAUCUGUACAUACAUGUAUAUGUAUAUUUUCUUUAUUAAAGGCAGUUAACGAUAUCGUUUCCAAAUACAGUUUAAAAAGAGAAAACACUUGUAAAAUUAUAUAUAAACGAAUAUCUUAAUUUCACUAACGAAAACAUAUUUAA